AUGGCGACAACUUCCGUUUCGCCCGCUACUGUUGAGCGAAAUACUUCACGACGAAGUCAUAACAACUCCAUACCAAGUCGUUCUCAAUCAACAAGAGUUAAGAGUAGUACGACAGAUUCACCACAGCGAUCACAUUCACAUUCACAUCACCAUCGUCCCUCAUCACGACAUGCGGCUUUAGAGGAGUCAAUACCCCAGGCAAAUUAUGAGACUGCAAACGUCGCGCAACAAUCAAGAAAAAUAUCAAGCAGAGACGGUCCGACUCCUUCCAGACACGAGUCUACGAGAAGUGCAACGAGUAACCAUCGAUCAACUCAUCACAGUCGACGCUCCAACGACAUGGCAACAGCUGCUGCAAGUGGCGGAGGCCCAGCCCCCGUGGUGACACCACAAGAAUCCAGAAAUGCUGCACAUAGGGGAAAAUCGAGAACGACGAUUCCAGCACAAUCUGGAAAUUGGAUUUUAGGCAAGACAAUUGGUCAGGGCAGUAUGGGCAAGGUUAAGCUGGCAAGGCAGGCGGAAGGCGGCGAGCAGGUAAUUUUUCCUUCAUUCCGCAAUCCAAAUCUUAGUCAUGUCUAAUGAAGGUGUGUAGGUUGCGGUCAAAAUCGUUCCACGAGGAUCAACAGAUGAUAACCACAACCAAAGUCGAGCUGAUAGAGAACGAGCCGAUCACUCGAAAGAAGUUCGCACAGCCCGAGAAGCUGCUAUCGUUACACUUUUGAAUCACCCAUACAUCUGCGGCAUGAGGGAUGUUGUGCGUACGACUUAUCAUUGGUAUAUGCUGUUUGAAUAUGUCAAUGGAGGACAGAUGCUUGAUUAUAUUAUAUCUCACGGGAGAUUGAAGGAAAAGCAAGCUAGGAAAUUCAGCAGACAAAUCGCCAGCGCUUUGGACUAUUGUCAUCGAAAUAGCAUCGUUCACAGAGAUUUGAAGAUCGAAAACAUUCUGAUUAGCAAGACUGGAGAUAUCAAGAUUAUUGAUUUCGGCUUGAGUAAUUUAUUCGCACCACGAAAUCAUCUAAAGACUUUCUGCGGUAGUCUCUAUUUCGCGGCUCCGGAAUUAUUGCAAGCAAAGGCAUAUACUGGACCUGAGGUUGAUGUUUGGAGUUUUGGUAUCGUAUUGUAUGUCUUGGUCUGCGGCAAGGUACCUUUCGAUGAUCAGAGUAUGCCGGCGUUGCAUGCAAAGAUUAAGAGAGGGAUUGUAGAUUAUCCCAACUGGCUAAGUCCAGGUUAGUUCUUCUUUUCCUUUUUUUAACUGAUAUAGUACUAAUGAUAGGCAGAAUGUAAGCAUCUUAUAUCCAGGAUGCUUGUCACGGAUCCAAAGCAACGUGCAACGCUACAGGAAAUCAUGAGCCAUCAGUGGAUGAUAAAACAAUACGGCAGUCCACCCGAAAACUAUCUACCAGUUCGAGAACCCCUUACACUUCCUCUUGAUGACGAUAUCAUCAACAGCAUGACCGGCUUUGAUUUUGGCCCACCAGAACUGAUCAAACAACAAUUAACUGAUGUGAUCAAGUCCGCCGAAUAUGGGCAUGCUGUACGUUUGGCAAUGCAGGAACGAGAAAAUUCGGGUCCUCCUCGUGAUGCUGAGAAGAAGAGAGGAGUAUUCGACUUUACAAAGAAGAAAUUCUACUACGAGCCGAGAUACCUUGACCGCGCCGAGCGCAGAACUGCUUCAACUUGGCAACGAUCCAUGCAAUGCAUAUCACCCUCUCAUAUCCGUAUAUUACCUUGUUAAGGAGAAACGUGAGCGUGAUGCGCUUGAAGCCAACCCGGGUGCAACCUCGAUGCCACGGGCUCCAAAUGAAGCUCCACUACAACAAGUGGCAGAAAUAUCAGCACCAAAGCCAGCAUACACAAAUGCUACAGCUUAUGAGAUGCCUGGUGAGAAGGCCACAGGAGGUCGGUCGCGCCCACGUGCACGCACUCAUGGUGAGGAGGAAGUCACAGAAGGAUUGAAGAAUAUGAAGAUUGCUAGUUCUACUGGCCCUCCAUCACCGGCAAUAGUCGAGCCUGUGGAACAGACUGCUCGAAAAGAAAGUACUGCUGCUGGUAUUCUGAGAAGAUUCAGUACACGAAGACGCAAGGAUCCUCCACCGUCUGACAAAACUGGCAAUCAUCUGGCCGUCGGAUCGUCGAAUGAGCCAUCAACGAUCCGAAAGAGUUUCAGUGUUCGCCGGCACCGUGAUCGGGAUGGAGAGGGAUCUCUUCGAGCAAGUGGAAGUGAACGCCAACAUAGUGAUCUUCUCACUCCAAGAUCCGCCGAAAACUCGGGUGCUUCUAAACUAGGACGAUCGACGAGCGUUAACUCCGCAGAAUACAGGCGACGGGAAAGAGACGAGGAGAGGAGGAGGAGGGCAGCAGGAGUUGCCGCUUCGGAAGCAAUGCCAUCGCGUGUUACCUAUAAAGACCCUCCUCCAACUAGUGGUUCUGAUCAUUCAACGACGAAUGAAAAACCAGCUCGAGAGGGCGAAAGGGCUGGCCUGAAUCCUAGGGCCGCCACUAUGAGAGCCAAAUCGUUGGGCCAUGCAAGAAGAGAAAGCAUACAAGCUAGACGAGCCCGAAGGGAAGAAGCUAGGGAAGCAAAUGUACCGGAGGAGACUGAUGUUGAAUUGGGCGACGCUAGUGGUCUCUCAACCGAACGAGUCGACACCGCAGAAAAUGUCAAACCCGUCUUUCUGAAAGGGUUGUUCAGCGUAUCUACCACAUCAACCAAACCCGUUCAGGCUAUACGCAUGGAUAUAAUCAGAGUACUGAAGCUUCUCGGAGUUGACUAUACAGAAAUACGAGGCGGUUUUAGUUGUCAGCAUACCCCUAGUAUUGACUUGAAGAAGGUUGUCGAUGUACCUCCUAGCAGCCAUGGCAAUCAUACUCCAGGGCAUAAAAGGAAGAUCAGUUUCGGAGGUUUCAUGGGAGGUGGUAGCAGUGCGGAAAGAGAUCGUGAGGAUUUCCGAGAAGCAGAAAGAUCACCACCUCAACACCCAAGAACACCACGCAGAACUCGUGGCCCUGAAAAUAGCUACUCAAAUUCAGAUGCGUCUGAUGAAAGUGUUACUAGACAAGGUGAUUCAUCAGCUCGGGCUGUGGGCGAAACCAGCACACAUGUUCAAAGUGAACUUGGUGGUAGCAUGAUUCUUGAGUUUGAGAUCUUCAUCGUCAAAGUUCUUCUCUCUUUACACGGCAUCCAAUUUAAAAAGCUUCGUUCAGGAGGAACUUGGCAAUUUAAGAAUAUGGCAGAUCAAAUCCUUCGCGAGCUUCGACUAUAA